CGUUUAAGUUUGGUUUGACACAAAAUGUGAAUAUAGUGAUAUUGAGAGCGAUUUAUAUGUAUUAUUUUUUCUUAUUCAGAAUCACGAGUAAACAAAUAAUAUUAAAGUAUAAUUUAAAAAGUCGGCGAGUUUGUAACUGCGUAUCACAUCCUGCCAAAUUUAUUUUAUUCAUCAUUGAUCACACAUAUUUUUCUGAAAUGAAUAAUUCCGCUGCUAAGGUUGGUGAAAUAUUCACCGAAGCUGGAGCUGCAUUCAAUAAACUGGCCGAAAUGACAAUGAUGCUGCACCCUAUGGCUGAAAAUACACCUACUGCACCAGCAAAAACACCUGUGAAGAGAAAAGCAGCAGAUGACAGACCAGUUAUAGCCGGCACCACACCACAAACAACUCACAAUGUUCAUGCAGCACCCAUAUCACAGCAGGUGACCCUAAACAUGUUGAAUGCUCAUGAAUCAGAAAUGGAUGGAGACGGCCUGAACAAUCAAGUAAAACUGGAGUUUGAGUCUAGCACUGAGGAAGUGACAACUUAGGCAAGGUCUAUUUAGAAAAAAACAAGUUCUAGACAUAAGUAGUCAUUAUCUAUUAAGCUGGCCAUACACAUCAGGGUAUGCUGUGCAGUAUUGCCUGUACAGUCCAAUUAUUAUUAUUAUUAUUUGUAUGUCUUUCCAUAUCUCGGGACCAUGGGGUCCUGGACCUUUGGGAGGCAUGCGUGGGGCCGAAGCCAACAGCGCAGAGGCCCUUUAGGACAAAUUUGAUGUUAUGUAAUACACCAGCUAGAACCCAUUCACGGGUACUAAUAGAUACCCGUAAAUCGGUCCCAGCUGGUGUAGGGGCUAUUGUAAAUAAAGUGGAGAAGAGGGCCGGUUAUGGUGUUGAACUUUGGCUGGUCAAAAGAUUGGGCUAUUGUGUAAAGAGAUCCGGACACCUGCCAUAACAAUGCUUAAACACGUUAUCGAGGCAGGCGGUGAUUUGCCGCUGACUAGAUGGGCCCCUGAAACUGCCGUCGUAAAGACGACCAGGAGCAUCACCGGUGUGAGCAGCUCAGGGGUGUCGAGAGGUGUGCGCCGCUUUCUACCCAGUGGCCGAUAACAGCCACUGUGGCACACACUCGCGUCUUAUGCAUCUUUCACUUCCAACCCCGGAGCAUAUAGCUCUAACGAUUCCUCUCUGGACGGCCAAUGAACGCAAGCCAGAGCUGAGAGUCCUGCGGGUCCCCUUGGGGUCCACUCCGACCGAAGAAGACACGCCGGAGACGGAGACCCUGACCGACUCUCGGGAACACUCGGGUCCGUGGGGUCGUUACUCCCCAACAGCUCGCCACAAGCUGCCCUGCGGGCUUAUUAUUAUUAUUAUUUAUGAAUGCACAGGCAGCUUAUAGCUGAUACGUGCACAUCAAUGUCCUGCACUUGUGUUUUGUCCGUUAAUAAACUGUUCGUCGAGUCGUUUUUAAAAGAAUUCACUGAGGGUGCACUGAUUACGGAUUCGGGCAAACUGUUCCACACAUUCACUACGCGGUUAGACAGGAAGUGUCGUCUUGGGUUGCUACUACUCUGCGUCCGUGUCAGCUUCAGAGAAUGUCCUCUCAGUCUGUCACACAUAUUCCGAGUGAAAAUAUCACUCAAUGCGGGUACGUUGUAGUGUCCUGUAAGUAUUUUGUAUGUUUCUAUUAAGUCACCGCGUGGCCUUCGCUGCUCUAGGGUUGUCAAGCCCAAUUCCUUUAACCUAUCCUCAUAUGGUCGGUUGCAAAGAGAUGGAACCAGUUUUGUUGCUCUUCUUUGGACUUUUUCAAUAAGAUCAAUGUCCUUCCGGAAAUAUGGGUUCCAAAUUUGGAAGGCAUAUUCCAAUAAGGGUCUUAUAUGUCUUAUAGAGCCCAAUGAAAAGAUUCUUAUCCAUAUAACGAAAAGCUUUCUUGAUCAUAUAUAAUAUUAGAGUUGGCUUUUUUGGUCAACCCCAAAAUGUGUUCUUCCCAUUUUAAGUUAUCAGUUAUAAUGAUACCAAGAUCUCGCUGCGAAGCAACACUCUGUAAACUUUUGGAGCCAAUAUUAUAUGUGUGCUUAGGGUUUUUUUUACCUAUAUGAAGUACAGUGCACUUGUCUGCGUUGAGGGUUAUAAGCCAAUCGUUGGUCCAUUGUAAAUUGCGGUCUAAAUCCUGCUGUAUGAUGUUAUGUUGACGACCGGUCUGGCCUCGUGGGUAGUGACCCUGCCUAUGAAGCCGAUGGUCCCGGGUUCAAAUCCUGGUAAGGGCAUUUAUUCGUGUGAUGAGCAUGGAUAUUUGUUCCUGAGUCAUGGUUGUUUUCUAUGUAUUUAUAUAUUGUAUAUAUCGUUG